AUGCCCUUGGCCAUACCAAACCAUGUUGUUCCCGUUGUGGCAAAGUCUUUGGCUUCCCAUUGGCCCGCUUGUAGAUUGUGGACGCUGGAUUACCUAGAUGAAUUCUUGGAACUUCCAUUAAAAUUUCGUAUGUCACAAAGGAACACCACCAGUGUCCAAUGGGAGCCGGAUUGCGAUUUUGUUUUUGCCUCAGUGGGAAAUUUCCGUGAUUGGUUAAACGGAGUUUCCACUCCAAACAAUCCCUUUCACCAAUAUUCCCUUGAACAUUGGUGGGCAUAUGCUGAUUAUGUUUAUAUGGAUUCGUGCAAACUCACAAAACUAGCUCAGGAUAUUCCAUGGGGUGAUGCGUUCGACCUGAUGGGUCGGCAAGUCAGCUCUACAUUUUGGUUAGGAUCUUCGGGAGCUAACAGUAUUUGUCAUUACGACACUUAUGGUGUCAACUUGGUCGUGCAAAUAUUUGGCAAGAAAUCCUGGACGCUUUUUCCACCAUCCGACAGCCCGUUUUUAUACGAAACUCGUGUCCCCCUAGAGGAGUCCACCGUGUUUAGUGAAGUCAAUUUUCCAACUCCUGAUUAUACGGUGCAUCCACUUAUUUCCAAAGUAUCCCCUCGUUUUGUCGUCAUGGAACCGGGUGAUGUUCUUUUUGUACCACGGGGUUGGUGGCAUUUCGUGCAAUCUACUUCCGACAGCCUUACCACGUGCUCUGUCAACUGGUGGAUCGACCAACCGGAGCUAGACGAUCACAUCAGACUGAGGGAAGCUCUGACCCAACUCAUUGGUUUUUCUCUCCUCACAAAUUGCAACCCUCCUCAAUCGACAGCUUUGAUGCAUCCCAGUGAAAGAGAAGUGUUCACUUCCGCCGACUGGUUCCAACUACUCAGCGCGCAUAUCCGUGACCUACUUUCUCGGAUCCAUCGUAUUGACUCGUCUGUUGCUUCAGCCAUAGAAGUCGGGCCCAUUUGGCAUGAAGUGCCUCAGACAAAAAUUGAGAACCUAUUCCCCCCUACUAUCUCACUGUUACACUCUCUCCCCCCUCCUGCUUCACGCAGUUCGCUGACUGUGGACAUUAUCAAAUCCGUGUUAAAGCCCAAUGAUGCCGAUUCACAGGGUUUCCAUUUUAACCCUGACCGGAAACCUGUUAUUCCCGGUGUUCCUUUGAGGCUAAAAUGUAAAUAUCCCUCUGGACAAUGUAUCAUUACCGAUUUGACGAGCGAGUCCAGUGUCAGGGACUUGCUGAACUCUCUGAGCUCUGUGGUCGAAGUGAAUCCUGCACAUCUCAAGAUCUCCGUUGGGUAUCCACCCAGACGAAUCAUUUGCUCCGAUGAAUCACUGAACAUGCGUCUUAGACAAGUCCCAAUUUUAUCCGGCGAUGUACUCACUGUCGAACCGAUGUUACCGCCCAAUCGUGCCUCCACCGUUUUGGCCGAGUCCCGAAAUCAAGUGGCACACAGCCAUCCGGUCUCCACUGAAUCUGCUCCCCAUAUCGUCCGGUUGACAGCACCUUCGGAUAACUCUUGUCUAUUCACCAGUGUCCUGUUUUGCAUCGAGAAUGCCGAUGGACGCAAGUCUAUCGACACCAAAGUUGUUACAAACACUGCCGCCGUGGCGCAAAUGCGCGAGUUGAUUGCCAGCAUUGUUCUCAGUGAUCCAGAUCGAUAUUCUGAAGGCUUUCUCGGCAUGUCGAACGCAGAGUAUUACCGAUCUAUCCAGGAGCCGGACAGGUGGGGCGGGGGUAUCGAAGUGGCCAUCCUAUCGCAAGUAUACGAAAUGGAAAUUUGCGUCGUUGACAUCCAAACUGGUCGAAUUGACCGAUUUGGAGAGGAUCACAAUUACCAAUAUCGCAUUCUGCUCAUGUAUGACGGUAUACACUACGAUCCGCUCUCACUGGCUCGACCGGACACAGGAUUACUCACCUCCGUCUUCUCAACCAGUAAUACUCAGGUACUAUGGGAUGCUCAGUCUCUGGCGGCCGAGGCUCGUGCCGCAUGGCGCUUCACGGAUACCGCCUCGUUUACCCUCAUCUGCCGCCAAUGCCAGCUGCCGUUGAUUGGACAAAGCGCUGCCCAGACACACGCUAAAGAGACUGGACACGAUCAGUUCAGUGAGAUACCAGCCUCUUAAACCUGUUAUCAAUGCUCCUAUACCAUCUCCUACGCCGUGCCGGCCCUCGUUCCUCCCCGUAAAACUAUUUCCCGUCUCUACUCCUCACUUUCUGACAUUUGCUUAGCCAACAGCAAAACUCCAUUUUAGUUUUAGUUCUCUUGUUUGACUGCGUUUCUUCAGGGGAGCAAGUCUAUUGUCCAUUUUCUGACUCCCAAUGCACUCCGCUCAAGCAUUAUUUUUCAUGGUAGAUUUUCGUUUUUUUUGAGAUAUGAGCUGUGUUCUUUCCAUAACAACACUCCAAUAAAACAUGUAAUUCUUCAGCUGAUUCGCACUUACUCAUUUUAAAAAUUGAAGACUAUCAGUAAUCCUA